AUGGAUUUUCAGAGUAACAUACCUGCAGAGUUUCAAGAAAGUAAAACACCAUCUAACAGGAACCCAAUGGCGGAAACAGCUGGUGUUCAGCCAGAAAUAGAGAAAGGAAAUGCGAUAUCAAAAGACACAACAAAGGAAAGGCAAAGAAAAAGCCGUAACCAAGUAAGACGACAAAAAAAGAAAGAGCAACGUGAACAGCAACAAUUACAGUAUCAAAAUAAGGAUGGAAAUGGCAAUGAUUUACAGAAAAUUGAUGACAAUAAGGGAGAUGAAGCUGCGCUUUCAGCGGAAAGAGUGGAUGAACUCCCAAAGAAGAAUGCAGUUUCAAAUGAGGCAGAUCCUUUACUCGUAGUGGACUAUCUCAACAUGGACAAUUCCGAUCCGCUAUUUGAUCAAUAUAGAGAUAUUUUAAAUCGUUUUUCCGCUGCAGAACCUGAGGCAGAUUCAGCAGCUGCAGACAAGGGUCAAGUAAUGUAUUCUGAUGACGAGGUCCUUAGCGAAGGAGAAGAGGACGCGUUGCAAAAACGAGAAGAAGAGAAACUAAGCCGCAAAAAGCUUCGAAAGAUGAAACGAAUGACUGUGGCACACCUCAAAAUGAUUUCAGAAAAGCCAGAUGUGGUAGACUGGUGGGAUGUUUCAUCACCAGAUCCUUUGCUUCUUACUCAUCUUAAAGCGUAUCAAAACACUGUACCGGUUCCUCGUCACUGGAACCAGAAACGAGAUUACCUUAGCGGUCAACGAGGCAUUGAACGACAAUUAUUUGAGUUGCCUUCGUAUAUUCGUGCUACUGGUAUUGUUCAAAUGCGAAACGCCGUUCAUGAAAAUGAAGCCGAUAUGCCGCUGCGUCAAAAAAUGAGGGAGCGUGUUCAACCAAAAAUGGGGAAACUCGACAUUGAUUACCAAAAACUCCAUGAUGCUUUCUUUCGUUACCAAACAAAACCUGUUUUGACUGGCUUUGGUGAGUGUUAUUACGAAGGAAAAGAAUUAGAAGCAAAUGUCAAAGAGAAAAGACCUGGUGAUAUAUCUGACGAGUUACGAGAAGCACUAGGCAUUUCUGUAAACGCUCCUCCACCUUGGAUUUAUGCUAUGCAAAAGUUUGGACCACCGCCGAGUUAUCCUGACUUGAAGAUUCCCGGUGUUAAUUAUCCCAUCCCAGUUGGAGCACAAUGGGGUUAUCAUCCCGGCGGAUGGGGCAAACCUCCCGUUGACCAGUACAACCGUCCAUUGUAUGGUGAUGUUUUUGGUAGUAACAAGCCACGCGCCUCCGCAAAUACCGGACCGCCCGAAGAGGUUCAACACUGGGGUGAACUAGAGGAAUUUGAGGAAGAAGAAUCCAGUGAAGAAGAGGAGGUGGUGGAGGAAGAAGAAGAAGAAGACGAAGAAGAAAGGGGACCUGAUAACGAUUUUGUAAAUACAAAUGAAGCAGGGUACAAUACACGUUCCUCAGGCGCUCAUCCGGAAGAUGAACGUGUCGAGUCUAUUUCUUAUUUCGAUCAAAGACCCAUUGAAGCUGAAAACUUUGAGUUACGGAAACAAUUUAAUAAAAAAGAAGAUGAUUCUUCUAGACCACUUUACCAAGUUCUUCCAGAACAACAUACAAACGUCGAAGGAUUUAUGGGACCUGACCAUCGUUACCAAAUUCCCACUAAUGAACCUGUGUCUUCAUCCAAACGGCCCGCUGAAGAGGACGGACAGCAUGUUCAGUGGCAAAAUGAUCUUUCUGAUAUGGUAUCGGAACAGGCGUCUAUUGUCGCUGCUAAGCGACAAAAGACUCAACCAAAAAAGGAAAAGUUUCGCUUGUAAUUUAUUUAGAUGGAUGAUUAAUUUAUGUAAUGUUAAUUAGGUUUUACUUUCUUUUUGCUCUGUGGAAUCUUUUUUUCGCUCUCUCACCUAUGUCAUGUCUAUACGUAUUGUAUCAAUAUAAGUUUGCCGAACAUUAUUAAACCAACAUAUAAUUAAAUAGCUAUGCUACCGACCCAAAAAAUAGAUCCCGAAAUCCAAAGUUAAGAAAAUUAAAUACCAGUCUUUUGUAAGUGGAAGUCUUUGUGGCUGUACUUCUCUUUCAAUUUAGUACCAUAUCGUGAACGCUUACUCGUAGGCAAUGAUGGCGGGAUGAUAGCUCUGCGCUGAAGACUGAGAAACCUGUCUUUGAAUAAAUUGCCCUCGGGUUUUAAUUCUCUUAGGGAGCUGGUUAAUUCAUCACCCAAUUUCAAUUCCAAAGGAUUUUCAGGUAACUUGUGUUUGCCAAAUUUCCUCUUCUUUAAACGAAUUUCGGGAACAUCCAUAUCAUUUGAGGGCUCAAGCGACUUAUUCCCGUCUUCGUUAUUGUUCAAAGACUUUGAGAUAUUUGGAGCUCUAUCAAUCAUUUUAAGCAAUUGUUCUUGCUUCUUCGCAGCCUCUAAUUUCGCAAUUUCAUCCUUUCUUUUACGUUCCUUGUUUCGCUGAGAUUUUGUCUUACGCUUAGGUUUCGUCUUGUUAUGCAAACCCUCAAUCUGGUUUUCGGCAUCCACUGUGCUUUCUUCAUUCUCAGAACCUUCAUUCUCGUCUGAAACUAAACCCUUAUCAUCGUUUAUUUUAGAGCUGAUCAUUCUUUGAUGUUCAAUCUCUUGAAGGCGUUCUUUCUCUUUUUUGAUCUCAUCUGAACCCUUUCGAUCAAUGAGACCCAUCCAUGCACUAGCAUCAGGAUUAUAAGACAUGCCUGGAUCAGCAACCUCAACAUUGGGAACAUGUUCCACGUUUUCAGCAAGGUUUUCAGGUGCUUUAGAAAGUGUAGAAGGACGCUUUACAGGAAUCGUAGAUUCCGUUGUGCUCUCCCAAACAUCGUAUGCAGGCUCCUCUUUCUGAGUCUUCAAGCUAGCUGCUGCUGCCGAAGCAGUAGGACCCAAGGGAUUUCUAUGCACCAAAGACUUUAAGCGGUUCAAUUCGUUCUUCGACAUAACUUUGCCCUUAUUGUCCAUGUUUAACCCAUAACCACUGGUCUUAGGCUUUGACGGUAGCCCUUGAACGGCAGACUUAUUUUGUAAAAUUUCAUCUACUUUCAAGGGCUUGAUCUUUUUUCUGCUUCUCUUGGCCACGCGGUCAUCACCAAAAGUAUCAACUACGAACAGAGAGUCAUUGGACUUUUUAGACACAUCGUCACUUAAAUUAUGUUAGUAACUAUUUUAUAAAUUAAUCUUAGAGCUUACCCUCGAAUUUCUUCUUCUCUGGCAACUUGAAGGCCACCCUCAACGUCUUCCAAGUCAAUAUGCUUUCUCCAAGAACUUUUGUUCUUUCUUGAUUUCUGUUUAUACUGAGAUGGUGCUGCGUUUCCCUGAAUCCCCAUUUUUCUUUGUUUUAGUCCGGAAUUCCACUUGUAUGAAAAUUCCGUGAAAAGACACAAGUUUGCUAAGGUCAAGUUGUGUUAGUAUAGUCCACUCCAGACGCACACGAA